AUCAUUCUUCAGAAUAAAGGAUACGCCAGAAUUGUGCAGUCGAGACGACAACUUUAGUGUCCGUUUCUAAUGUAUUACUACUGGUAUGUAAUAGCACGUUCUAAUAUCGAAAGAACAUGUAAUACCAUGCUAGGUAACAAAUACGUCAAGGUAUUAUCACGUUUGAUAAAGGUUUUAUGUGCUAUUUUUAUGUCAAACCGCAUGAGUGAACGUGAUCACUUUUUUUUACAUAUCACAUAGACUUUGGGUUAGUCUGAGUGGAUGUAUAUAAUUUCGUCAAGAUUAAGUCUGAGGCCAGUAACAUCAACAGUGAGGACAAACCCAGCCUUCCUCUCUACUUCCACACUGAGUUCAAACCUACAGUCACUGGGUCCUGAUUGUGACAGCAAAGCCCACUGCAGGAUCUAGAGAUGGCAUCAGUGAAGCUGGAAGACUGCAGUCAAACACUGGAGCUGAAUGCCAACAUUAAAGAUGAAGAAGAGGAGGAGAAGAUUGGGACAUCUGUUUCUCAUGACUCAGGUAUGAGGUCGGUAACAUCAACAGUGAGGACAAUCCCAGCCUGCCUCUCUCCUUCCACACUGAGUCCAAACCGACAGUCACUGGGUCCUGUUUGUGACAGUGGAUCCCAGUUUGCACUGCAGGAUCCAGAGAUGGCAUCAGUGAAGCUGGAAGACUGCAGUCAAACACUGGAGCUGAAUGUCAACAUUAAAGAGGAAGAAGAGGAGGAGAAGAUUGGGACAUCGGUUUCUCAUGACUAUGUCCAAACCUAUAUUCAUUCACUGGGUCCUGAUUGUGACAGUGGAGCCCAGUUUGCACUGCAGGAUCCAGAGAUGGCAUCAGUGAAGCUGGAAGACUGCAGUCAAACACUGGAGCUGAAUGUCAUCAUUAAAGAUGAAGAGGAGGAGGAGGAGGAGGAGAAGAUUGGGGAAUCUGUUAAUCAUGGAAACGAUGUUGCCACGUUCUCUGCAUCCAGAGAGCAACAGCAGGAAGAUCAUAGCGCUAAGAGAUCUCAUCACUGCCCACAUUGUGAGGAGAUUUUCCCAUUUCUAUCAAAGCUGAAAAUACACCUAAAAAUACACACAGGAGAGAAUCUGUAUUCCUGUACUGACUGUGGAAAGAAUUUCACAACAUUAGAGGUUCUGAUCAUUCAUCAGAGAGUGCAUGAACGGAUACACACAGGAGAGAAGCCUGUGUCCUGCUCUGACUGUGGAAAGAGUUUCUCUCUACUGAGCAACUUAAAACGACAUGAACGCAUACAUACAGGAGAGAAGCCUUACGUAUGCUCUGACUGUGUAAAAUGCUUCACAACAUCAACUGAGCUAAAACGUCAUCAGAGAACACACACAGGAGAGAAGCCUUACUCCUGCUCUGACUGUGGAAAGAGUUUCUCUCAACUGAGCAACUUAAAAGCACAUGUACGUAUACAUACAGGAGAGAAUCCUUACUCCUGUUCUGACUGUGGGAAGAGGUUCUCUCUACUGAGCAACUUAAAAUCACAUGAACGUAUGCAUACAGGAGAGAAGCCUUACGUAUGCUCUGACUGUGUAAAAUGCUUCACAACAUCAACUGAGCUAAAUCGUCAUCAGAGAACACACACAGGAGAGAAGCCUUACUCCUGCUCUGACUGUGGAAAGAGGUUUUCUCGACUAAGCACCUUAAAAAGACACCAAGGUCAACAGAAAGGACCAUUGAUCUGACUGUAGAAAAUGUUUUAAAACAACAGCUGAGCUUAAAGGUCAUCAGAGAGCACACAUAGGAGAGAAGUGUCGUGGAAAUUUCCUGUAUUACCAAAUCACGAGAGAGCAAACCACACACAAGUCAAGAGUUAUCAUAAAGUCCAUCUUUAAUUAUAUGAGCGUCACCAUAGCCCUGUGACUCUCAGAUCAAUUCAGUGUCUAUAAAUUAAUUAUCUGAGAGUGCUUACAUAUUGGUAACUGAGAUCCUUUAUAGCAAAGACACACAUAGCCAGACAGCAUUCAGUUUGGUCUCCUAAACUAAGUUCUUAUCUUGUUCUUGGUACCACUUAGAACCAAAAACAUUACCUCAUCCAAUGGCAUCAAAUGGCAUCAAAUACACCCCCUCCUGGACAAUAUCAGAAAAGACAGUGAGCCUCUUAGGUCAUAUACUAAAUCAAGAUAAGGGCAACCUCAGAGGAGACAUGUAAAUAAUUAGACACAUUCCCAUAAGAAGACAGGCCUGACCUCUCCCCUCUCUGGGGCCCAAUGUGACUAAGCCCUGGCAGAGAAGGCAUAACUGCAAACAGUAUUAUCCAAAAGAAGACAUUCUAAUGACAAAUAUCUCGCAUAAGAAUUAUUAUAUAAAUGCAACAUCUUAUUUAUCAAUGUUACCUAACUAAUUCUGAUUCUGCUACUACAGAAGCCUUACAUCAGCUCUGACUGUGCGUCAAGUUUCUCUCUUCUGUGCCACUUAAAAUGACUUGAACGUGUACACACAGGAGAGAAGCCUUAUCACUGCAUUCAUUGACUGUGAGAAGAGAUUCUACAGAUUGGGCCAUUUAAAACGACACCAAUGUAUACAUAAAGGAGAGAAGCCUCAUCAGUUAUUUCAGACCAGCUAAGAUUAGUCACUCCACUUAAUUAUCAUGUCAUUAAAUAAGUGGUAACAGUGAAUUGGAUCAAAUGAAGAAAUCGUAGAACACUGUAUUGUAAUCCUAUUGUUUCUCACUGAGAGAACUGUGCAGAGGAGAGGGAGCGUUAUAGUAUGUAUGUUAUCCUCUCUUUACUUUACUGAUCAGUGUGCACCUUGUCAGUUUUGGUGUGUUUUGUUAGCUUCUACUGUAAAGAUAUUGAGAUGGCCUUGGAUUUGGCCUUAGGGUGUAAUAUCCUCUGUGAGAAGUCUCAUGUCUUGACUGGGUGGUACUGCUUCUCUCUGCAGUUUUCCGUGGGAAUGAGCUGGUAGACACAACAUGUACAGAGUGUACAAAACAUGAAGGGACGCCUGCUCUUUCCAUGACAUAGGUGAACCCAGCUGAAAACUAUAAUCCUUAAUGAUGUGGUUUUUAGUAUGAAUUUAUUAUGGAUCCCCAUUAGCUUUCAGCAGAAAACAAGAGACUGCAGUUGCAGUGGGCUAAGAAAUGAAAACACUGGACGCUGGAGAAUUUGAAAAACAUUGCCUGGCCUGAUGAAUCCCUGUUCCUGCUGUUUCAUGCUGAUGGGAGGACUGGGGUAUGGAGGAAACCCCGAGUACAUCCAUCAUGCCUCGUGUCAUCUUUGCAGGCUGGUGGUGAUGGUGUGGAGUUUGUAUUCAUGCCACACUCUGGGCCCCUUGAUAAAAGUGGAGCAACUUUGAAUACCACAGGAUUUCUAAACAUCAUUGCCAAUCAGGUGCAUCCCUUCACUGCAGCAGUGUAUCCAUCUGCAAAUAGAUUUCUUCAGCAGGAUUAUGCCACAAGGCUUGUCCAGGAAUGGUUCCAAGAACAUGACAGUGAAUUCAGUUUACUGCAGUGGUCACCACGAGUCACCAGAUCUCAAUCCAAUUGUUAAUCUGUGGCAGGAGAUGAAACAAGCUAUUCGGAGUAGAGAUCCACUCCCAGCUAGACACAAUUGUGGGAAGAAUUGGGCCAGAAUCCCUGUGGAAUGCUCUCAACACCUUGGAUAAUUCUGAGGACAAAGGGGGGGUGCAACUCAAUAUUAGGAAGGUUUUUUUGUACACAGUGUAUAUCAGAUAAAGAUGGUGUGAUGAUCACUUUUAAGCAUUUGUUUGGGUCGAUUAUUUAAUAUUACUCAACUUUUGUUUAAACAGUUAUGAAUCUACUUGUGUUUAUUAACAUUGUCUUUUAAUACUAGAUUCAUUAUUUUAGUCAUUGAUGAUGAAUGUAUUUGAAUAACUGUAUUGAAGUUAAUUGAUCUGGCAGGUAGUCUAGCGGUUAAGAGUGUUGGGCCAGUAACUGAAAGGUUGCAAGGUUUGAAUCCCAAGCCGACUAGGUGCGAAGUCUGUCAUUGUGCCCUUGAGCAAGGCAAUUAACCCUUAUUAGCCCUGUAAGUUGCUCUGGAUAAGAGCAUCUGCUAAGUGACAAGAUUGUAAUGAAAAAUGUUUGUAGAUGAAUUUAUGCUGGGCAACUGCUUUUUUUUCUCUUAAAUGAAAUAAACUGUUUGAAGUGAAAUACUGUAUAUACAAUACACAACAUUACAACUGUGUUUACCCUGGUCAGAGAUACAGGGCCAUAGUAAACUAGACUAUGUAGCUGCUGUUGUUAGUAGCCUACAGUUUCCAUGCAAUAACACAUGUCAGAUUGCUAAUGAGGUGUAUAGCUGCUACAUUUAUGCAAGAGUUUUUGCUUGUGUCUGUCGGGAGAGAUGUGUUGUCAUGCUUGCUAAAUAACUCCUGGAGGGAAGUGGAGAGCGUGACUUGAGCUUUGUACCCGGCCUGCCCGACAUGGUCGAGAGACUCAGAGACCCUGCAGCAGCACCCUGAUGUGAAGAACAGCCCAUACUAAAAUGUAAGAUUGUAGUACAAUGAAGAAAAUAUAGCAUGGUAUUUUCGUGGAAUGGUAGUGACCAAAAAAACAUAUGUUUUGUUAUUGUACUGGGCCCAGGAACAUGGAAGAAACUGCCAGAUGUGUCAUAAUAGCCUGGAAGUAAAGCUGCACUGGGAGACACAUUUGAAAUGGAAUACAUUGAAAACAUUCAGCAGGGUGAAACAAUCACAGUAAAACAUGAUUUAAAUGUAUUGUUGGAAGGGUUGGGGUCUCCAUUCAUGUAAUACAUUAAAUAUAUACAUCAGAUGGUAUUGGGGAGCUAUUUCAUAGGGUUUUCAUGGGUACAUUAUUUACCCAUUUCAAUCUUAUACCAACCAACCCUAUGCUUGGUGUGACUGUUAUGGACAGAGCAGACCAUCUGAUAUGCCCUUAAAUAUUGUAAUAUGCAACCUGGAAUUAAAAUGUAAGAGGACCAGUGCUUCUACAGUGAAUCACA